AGUGCAAUGGCGCGAUCAACGCCGAGAACAAUGGCGGCCCGGUCGUGGCUGCUCCAGCUCGUCCUCGCAGCCGCCGCCGGUGGCGUGCUUCGAGUUCGUGGACAGGGCUUGCCCGACAGCACAGGAUUCGUAAGCAUAGACUGCGGCAUCCCGGAGAAGAGCAGCUACGUGGACGGCGUCACCAAACUGCCGUACGUCUCGGACGCCGGCUUCACCGACGCCGGCUCCAACCACAACGUCUCGGCCGAGUACAUCAACCCGUCCUGCUCCAAGCGCUACCUCAACUUGCGCAGCUUCCCGGACGCGGCACGCAGCUGCUACACCCUCGGCUCCCUCGCGCCGGGGUCCAAGUACCUCCUCCGGGCCACGUUCAUGUACGGCAACUACGACGGGCUCAGCCGGCCCCCGGUGUUCGACCUCCACCUCGGCGUCAACUUCUGGACAACGGUGAACAUCACCGCCGCCGACCUUGCGGUGCUCGCCGAGGUCAUCGCCAUCGUCCGAGACGACGUCGUGCUGGUUUGCCUGGUGAACACCGGCUCCGGGACGCCGUUCAUCUCCGGACUGGACCUGAGGCCCCUGACGAGCACGCUGUACCCGCAAGUGAACGCGACGCAGGGGCUGGUCCUGCUCGCCCGGCGCAACUUCGGGCCGAGCGAUAGUACGGUUGUGGUCAGGUACCCGGACGAUCCGUACGACCGCGCGUGGACCCCGUGGAGCAACCCGGCGGAGUGGUCGGAGAUCUCGACGACCGAGAAGGUGGGCGGAACAGCCAUGGCGGCGCCGUCCGCCGUGAUGCAGACUGCCAUCACGCCCCUCAACGCCUCCAAGAACAUCGACUUCUCGUGGGACGCCGUGCCGAACCAAGUCUAUCCCGCGCCCGGGUACAUCAGCAACGUGCACGUCGCGGAGUUGCGGAGCCUAGCCGGGAACGCAACACGCCAGUUCUACUUAACCAUCAAUGGCAAGCUUUGGUACGGUCUCCCAGAAACGCCGCAUUACCUCUUCACCGAUGUCAUCUAUGACAGGGAGCCACACCAAGGUUUCAACCAGUACAACGUCUCACUAAACGCCACGGCGAACUCGACGCUGCCGCCGAUCAUCAACGCCGUUGAGGUUUUCUCAGUCAUCUCCACGGCCAACAUUGGCACGGAAGCACAGGAUGUUUCUGCCAUUACGGGGAUCAAGGCCAAGUAUCAGGUGAAGAAGAACUGGAUGGGUGACCCCUGCGCUCCGAAGGCUCUUGCAUGGGAUGGGUUGAGCUGCAGCUAUGACAUUUCCGGUCCUCCAAGAAUCACAACCGUAAAUCUUUCGUCCAGUGGAUUGAGCGGAGAUAUAUCAUUUUACUUCGCCAAACUCAAAGCAACCCAGUAUUUGAAUUUGUCGCACAAUAAGUUGACAGGCUCAAUUCCUGAUGUCCUUUCACAACUACCCUCUCUGAAUGUUAUAGAUUUGACAGGCAACCAGCUCAACGGAUCAAUCCCCUCAGGGAUUCUGAAAAGAAUUCAAGAUGGCUCCCUAAAGCUGAGGUAUGGCGACAAUCCAAACCUUUGCAACGACGGCAGUUGCAAGUCCACAAAAAAGAUGAGCAGCUCAAUGCUUGCCGUCUAUAUUGCUGUUCCAGUAGUGGCAUUUGUUGUGGUUGGAACACUAGUGUUAUUGCUUUUCUUAAUGAGAAAAAAGAAAGCAAAGAGCUGCGUAAAGCCACUGAAUGGGGUGCGUGACGUGCAGCCGCGAUCACAGAACGGCAAUGGACAUGGCCUGCCGCAGCUGGAGAACCGUCGGUUCACGUACCGGGAACUAGAGGCCAUCACGAACAACUUCCAGCGAGUGCUCGGCCGAGGAGGGUUCGGGUCUGUCUAUGAUGGCUUCUUGAAGGAUGGCACCCAGGUUGCAGUCAAGCUGCGGUCUCAAUCUUCCAAUCAAAGUGUCCGAGAGUUCCUGACAGAGGUCCAGACCUUAACAAAGAUUCAUCACAAGAAUAUUGUCUCCUUGAUCGGUUACUGCAAGGAUGGAGAGUUUUUGGCGCUUGUCUACGAGCAUAUGUCAGAAGGAACCCUGGAAGACAAACUAAGAGGGAGAGAUCGCAACGCUGGAUCUCUGACCUGGAGACAGAGGCUCCGCAUUGCACUGGAGUCCGCGCAAGGGCUUGAGUAUCUGCACAAGGCGUGCAGGCCGGCUUGUGUUCACAGGGACGUGAAGACGUCGAACAUCCUGCUGAAUGCAGAUCUCGAGGCCAAGAUCGCCGAUUUUGGCCUGCUGAAGGCCUUCCAACGCGAUGACGAUACCCAUGUAUCCACAGAUAGGGUGGUCGGCACACACGGCUACCUUGCUCCUGAGUACGCGGCGGCUCUGCAGCUGACGGAGAAGAGCGACGUGUACAGCUUCGGCAUCGUGCUGCUGGAGGUGAUCACGGGGCAGCCGCCGAUCCUGCGGUGCCCGGAGCCCACGAGCAUCGUCCAGUGGGUGCGGCAGCGCCUGGCGCGCGGGGACAUCGACGACGCGGUGGAUGCGCGCAUGCGUGGCGGCUACGACGUCAACGCCGUGUGGAAGGCCGCCGACGUCGCGCUCAAGUGCACCGCGCAGGCGCCCGCGCAGCGGCCCACCAUGACCGACGUGGUGGCGCAGCUGCAGGAGUGCCUCGGGCUCGAGGAAGGCCGCUGACCAUUUCGCUGGUGCAAGUCGGAGCAGCGCUGCAUUUUCGGGAGGGUGCCAAAAUUGGCCACCAGCCCUGCAUCAUGUCAUUCUUCAAGUUCUUUGAUAAUGUCGUUUUGUCAGACAAGGUGGAUAUCAGCGUACAAAUGUUUACACGUUUGACAUGUCCAGCAUACCCUUUUCUUUGUCAAACUGAAUUG